GGCCGCGGCAUGGAGCCGCCGUGAUUCAUCAGCCGCCGCGCGGGGGCCGGAUCGGGGCGAGCGCAGCGGCCGCCUAGGCGCCCAGGGCCAGGCAGCGGCGUCCCCCUGCCGAGCCUCGCGCGCGCUCUUCUCGCUGCUGGCGGCCGGGUCCCUGCUAAGGUCAAGAUGGAAGAGAUCCUGAGGAAGCUGCAGAAGGAAGCGUCCGGGAGCAAGUACAAAGCCAUCAAAGAGAGCUGCACCUGGGCCCUGGAAACCCUGGGUGGUGUGGAUACCAUUGUCAAGAUCCCUCCACACUUGCUGAGAGAGAAAUGCUUGCUGCCUCUCCAGUUGGCUUUGGAAUCCAAGAAUGUGAAGCUCGCCCAACAUGCCUUGGCAGGGAUCCAGAAGCUUCUGUCAGAAGAGAGGUUUGUAUCCAUGGAAACAGACUCUGAUGAGAAGCAGCUGCUCAAUCAGAUCCUGAAUGCUGUGAAAGUGACUCCUUCCCUCAAUGAAGACCUGCAGGUGGAAGUGAUGAAGGUUUUACUCUGCACAACCUACACCCCAACAUUUGACCUGAGUGGGAGUGCGGUGCUGAAGGUGGCAGAGGUGUGCAUUGAGACAUAUAUAUGCAGCUGUCACCAACGCAGUAUAAACACAGCUGUGCGGGCAACUCUCAGUCAGAUGCUGAGCGACUUGACCUCCCAGUUACGACAAAGGCAAGAGAACACGAUAAUUGAAAACCCGGAUGUUCCACAGGACUUCAGGAAUCAAGGGUCGACAGUAGAGUCCCUCUGUGAUGACCUUGUCUCCGUGCUUGCUGUUCUGUGUGAGAAGCUACAAGCCGCCAUCAAUGACACUCAGCAGCUGCAGCUGCUGUACUUGGAGUGCAUCCUGUCGGUGCUCAGCAGCUCCUCCUCCUCCAUGCGCCUGCACAGAGGCUUCACAGACCUGAUCUGGAAGAACCUCUGCCCUGCCCUCAUCGUGAUCCUGGGGAAUCCGGUGCAGGACAGAACCAUCAGCUCCGCUCAUGGCAGCGGCGCGGGCACCGGCGUGGUGUCGGACGCGGCGGGCUCGGGAGUCGCGGACCACGGCCGGGGCUCAGGCUGCUCCUCCUCGGCACCAGCCCUGAGCGGGCCUGUGGCGCGGACCGUCUAUUACGUCGCGGCUGAGCUGGUCCGGCUCGUGGGGUCGGUGGACUCCAUGAAGCCGGUGCUCCAGUCCCUCUAUCACCGCGUGCUGCUUUAUCCCCCACCCCAGCACCGGGUGGAAGCCAUCAAAAUAAUGAAGGAGCUACUUGGGAGCCCACAGCAUCUCUGUAAUUUGGCAGGACCCAGCUCCACUGAAUCGGAAUCCAGAAAAAGAUCAGUUUCAAAAAGAAAGUCUCAUCUGGAUCUGCUUAAACUCAUCAUGGAUGGCAUGACUGAAGCAUGCAUCAAGGGUGGCAUUGAAGCUUGCUAUGCCGCAGUGGCCUGUGUCUGCACUUUGCUCGGGGCCCUAGACGAGCUCAGCCAGGGCAAAGGCUUGAGCGAAAGUCAGGUCCAGCUACUGCUUCUGCGCCUCGAGGAGCUGAAGGAUGGGGCUGAGUCAAGCCGAGACUCCGUGGAGAUCAAUGAGGCCGACUUCCGCUGGCAGCGGCGAGUCCUGUCCUCAGAACACACGCCGUGGGAGUCAGGGAAUGAGAGGAGCCCAGACAUCAGCAUUAGCGUGACUACAGACACGGGCCAGACCACUUUGGAGGGAGAGUUGGGUCAGACCACACCUGAGGACCACUCCGAGAACCACAAAGGCAGCCUCAAGUCCCCAGCCCUCCAGGAGAGCAAGGAGACUCUUACUAAAGUGUCAGAACCCGAAGCGGUAGACCAACCAGACGUUGUUCAGAGAAGCCACACGGUUGCUUACCCUGACAUAACUAACUUCCUGUCCGUGGACUGUAGGAUGAGGUCCUACGGAUCUAGAUACAGUGAGAGCAAUUUCAGUGUAGAUGACCAAGACCUUUCUAGGACGGAAUUUGAUUCCUGUGAUCAGUACUCGAUGGCAGCAGAAAAGGACUCGGGGAGGUCUGACGUGUCAGACAUUGGGUCGGACAACUGCUCACUAGCUGAUGAGGAGCAGACUCCCCGAGACUGCCUGGGCCACAGGUCCCUGCGAACUGCUGCUCUGUCUCUCAAGCUGCUGAAGAACCAGGAGGCCGAGCAGCACAGCGCCAGGCUGUUUGUGCAGUCCCUGGAAGGGCUCCUGCCUCGCCUGCUGGCUCUGCCCGGCGUGCGAGAGGUGGACUCGGCCCUCCAGAACUUUGCCUCUACCUUCUGCUCAGGCAUGAUGCACUCUCCUGGGUUCGACGGGAGCAGCAGCCUUAGCUUGCAGAUGCUGAUGAACGCCGACAGCCUGUAUGCGGCUGCACACUGCGCUCUGCUCCUCAACCUGAAGCUCUCCCACGGCGACUACUACCGGAAGCGGCCCCCGCUGGCGCAGGGCAUAAUGAAGGAGUUCAUGAAGCAGGUCCAGAGCAGCGGGGUGCUGAUGGUCUUUUCCCAGGCCUGGAUCGAGGAACUCUACCAUCAGGUGCUCGACAGAAACAUGCUGGCAGAAGCUGGCUACUGGGGCAGCCCGGAGGAUAACAGCCUUCCCCUCAUCACCAUGCUGACGGAUAUUGAUGGCUUAGAGAGCAGUGCAAUUGGGGGCCAGCUGAUGGCCUCAGCUUCUACCGAAUCUCCUUUCACCCAGGGCAGGAGAAUCGAUGACUGCACAGUGGCAGGUGUGGCGUUUGCUCGCUAUAUUCUUGUUGGUUGCUGGAAGAACUUGAUUGAUACUUUAUCAACCCCCCUGACUGGCCGAAUGGCAGGGAGCUCCAAAGGACUGGCCUUCAUUCUGGGAGCUGAAGGCAUCAAAGAACAGAACCAAAAAGAACGAGAUGCCAUCUGCAUGAGCCUCGAUGGGCUGCGGAAAGCAGCGCGACUGAGCUGUGCUCUAGGAGUUGCGGCUAACUGUGCUUCAGCCCUUGCCCAGAUGGCAGCUGCCUCCUGUGUCCAGGAAGAAAAAGAGGAAAAGGAAGUCCAAGAACCCAGCGAUGCCUUAGCACAAGUGAAACUAAAAGUGGAGCAGAGACUGGAGCAGAUCGGGAAGCUGCAGGGGGUGUGGCUGCACACAGCCCACGUCUUGUGCAUGGACGCCAUCCUCAGUGUAGGCCUGGAGAUGGGAAGCCACAACCCGGACUGCUGGCCACACGUGUUCAGGGUAUGUGAGUACGUGGGGACAUUGGAGCACACUCACUUCAGCGAUGGCACCUCUCAGCCCCCUCUGACCGUCAGCCAGCCCCAGAAGGUGCCACGGGGCUCCGGACUCCUUGGGGAGCCAGAGUGUGAGGACUUCCCCCAGGAACAGAACCUGGAGCAGGAGAGCUCCCUGAGCGCAGCCCCUGUCAUCCAGCCCCUCUCCAUCCAAGAACUCAUCCGGGAAGGCGGCCGAGGCCGGGCCUCUGACUUCCGCGGCAGCAGCCUCAUGACCGGGAGCAGUGCUGCUAAGGCCGUGCUCACGCUCUCCACCCAGGCCGACAGGCUCUUUGAAGAUGCUACGGAUAAGCUGAACCUGAUGGCUUUGGGAGGUUUCCUCUACCAGCUGAAGAAAGCAUCGCAGGCGCAGCUCUUCCAUUCUGUCACGGAGACGGUCGAUUACUCUCUGGCAAUGCCAGAAGCAGAUACUGAUUCCAGAAGGGACUGGAAGAACAGGGGAGAAAAACAGAAGGAUCAACAGAAGCUUCACGUCAUUCUUAGCAAAACUUCUGCCAGGGUAUAUCCUUUAAUGAUGGGAGAAGUUAAAUCCACUCAAGACCGAAAAAGCGCCCUCCACCUCUUCCGCCUCGGGGAUGCCAUGCUGAGGAUUGUGAGGAGCAGAUCACGGCCCCUGCUCCAUGUGAUGCGCUGCUGGGGCCUUGUGGCCCCACACCUGGUGGAGGCUGCCUGCCAUAAGGAAAGACAUGUCUCUCAGAAGGCUGUUUCCUUCAUCCAUGAUAUACUGACAGAGGUUCUCACUGACUGGAAUGAGCCACCUCAUUUUCAUUUUAACGAAGCACUGUUCCGACCUUUUGAGCGUAUUAUGCAGCUGGAGUUGUGUGAUGAGGACGUCCAAGACCAGGUGGUCACAUCCAUUGGAGAGCUGGUUGAAGUGUGUUCCACCCAAAUCCAGUCGGGAUGGAGGCCCUUGUUCAGUGCCCUGGAAACAGUGCACAGUGGGAACAAGUCCGAGGUGAAGGAGUAUCUGGUUGGUGAUUAUUCCAUGGGAAAAGGCCAAGCUCCAGUGUUUGAUGUAUUUGAAGCUUUUCUCAAUACUGACAACAUCCAGGUCUUUGCUAAUGCAGCCACUAGUUACAUCAUGUGCCUUAUGAAGUUUGUCAAAGGACUGGGGGAGGUAGACUGUAAAGAGAUUGGAGACUGUGUCCCAGGACCAGGAGCCACGUCCCCAGACCUGUGCCUCCCUGCCCUGGAUUACCUUAGGCGCUGUUCUCAGUUAUUGGCCAAAAUCUACAAAAUGCCCUUGAAGCCAAUAUUCCUUAGUGGACGACUUGCUAGCUUGCCUCGAAGACUUCAGGAGCAGUCAGCCAGCAGUGAGGAUGGAAUUGAGUCAGUCCUGUCUGAUUUUGAUGAUGACACUGGUCUGAUAGAAGUCUGGAUCAUCCUGCUGGAGCAGCUAACAGCGGCUGUAUCCAACUGUCCACGUCAGCACCAACCACCAACCUUGGAUUUGCUGUUCGAGCUGUUGAGAGAUGUUACCAAAACACCUGGACCAGGGUUUGGUAUCUAUGCCGUCGUUCACCUUCUCCUUCCUGUGAUGUCUCUUUGGCUCCGUCGUAGCCAUAAAGACCAUUCAUACUGGGAUGUAGCCUCCGCUAAUUUCAAGCAUGCCAUCGGUCUAUCCUGUGAGCUGGUGGUGGAGCACAUUCAAAGCUUUAUUCACUCAGACAUCAGGUACGAGAGCAUGAUCAACACCAUGCUGAAGGACCUCUUCGAGUUACUGGUGGCCUGUGUGGCCAAACCCACAGAAACCAUCUCUAGAGUGGGAUGCUCCUGUAUUAGGUACGUCCUCGUGACAGCAGGCCCUGUGUUCACCGAGGAGAUGUGGAGGCUGGCCUGCUGUGCACUGCAGGACGCGUUCUCUGCCACACUCAAGCCAGUGAAGGAUCUGCUGGGCUGCUUCCACAGCGGCACGGAGAGCUUCAGCGGGGGAGGCUGCCAGGUGAGGGUGGCGGCCCCCUCCUCCUCCCCCAGUGCCGAGGCGGAGUACUGGCGCAUCCGAGCCAUGGCCCAGCAGGUGUUCAUGCUGGAUACCCAGUGCUCACCAAAGACUCCCAACAACUUCGAUCAUGCUCAGUCCUGUCAGCUCAUUAUUGAGCUGCCUCCUGAUGAAAAGCCAAACGGACACACCAAGAAAAGUGUUUCUUUCAGGGAAAUUGUAGUGAGCUUACUGUCUCAUCAGGUGUUACUCCAGAACUUAUAUGAUAUCUUGUUAGAAGAGUUUGUCAAAGGCCCCUCACCUGGAGAGGAGAAGACGCUCCAGGUGCCAGAAGCCAAGCUGGCCGGCUUCCUCAGAUACAUCUCCAUGCAGAACCUGGCAGUCAUUUUUGAUCUGCUGCUGGACUCAUACAGGACAGCCAGAGAGUUUGACACCAGCCCCGGGUUGAAGUGCCUGCUGAAGAAAGUGUCUGGCAUUGGGGGUGCUGCCAACCUCUACCGCCAGUCCGCAAUGAGUUUUAACAUUUACUUCCACUCGCUGCUCUGCGCUGUUCUCACUAAUCAAGAAACCAUCACUGCUGAGCAAGUGAAGAAAGUCCUUUUUGAGGACGAUGAGAGAAGCACAGACUCGUCCCAGCAGUGCUCAUCAGAAGAUGAAGACAUUUUUGAGGAGACUGCCCAGGUGAGCCCCCCGAGAGGCAAGGAGAAGAGGCAGUGGAGGGCCCGGAUGCCCUCUCUGAGCGUCCAGCCCAUCAGCAACGCGGACUGGGUGUGGCUGGUCAAGCGGCUUCACAAGCUGUGCAUGGAACUGUGCAAUAACUACAUCCAGAUGCACCUGGACCUGGAAAACAGCCUGGAGGAAGCGCCCGUCUUCAAGAGCGACCCGUUCUUCAUCCUUCCCUCCUUCCAGUCGGAGUCGUCCACCCCGUCCACCGGGGGGUUCUCAGGCAGAGACACGCCUUCGGAGGAUGACCGGGGCCAGGCGCGGGAGCACGCGGCCGAGGCUCUGGGCCUGAGGGCGGGCGGCGGGGAAAUGCUGCCUCUGACCCCCAGCCCCAAGGUGGAGAGGAAGGACCCCAGCCGCAAGAAGGAAUGGUGGGAGAACGCAGGCAACAAAAUCUACACCAUGGCGGCGGACAAGACCAUUUCGAAGUUGAUGACCGAGUACAAAAAGAGGAAACAGCCUCAUAACCUGCCCACAUUCCCCAAAGAAGCCAAAGUGGAGAGGAAGGGAGAAGCGCUGGGCGCCAGGGGCCAGGACUCGCCGCUGCCUCAGCGCCCGCAGCACCUGGUGGACCAGGGGCAGAUGCGGCACUCGGUCAGCGCAGGCCCCGAGCUGCUGCGCCAGGACAGGAGGCCCCGCUCGGGCUCGGCCGGGAGCUCCCUGAGCGUGUCCGUGAGAGACGCCGAAGCACAGAUCCAGGCAUGGACCAACAUGGUGCUAACAGUUGUCAAUCAGAUUCAGAUCCUUCCAGACCCGACCUUCACAGCCCUGCAGCCAGCAGUGUUCCCGUGCAUCAGCCAGCUGACCUGUCAUGUGACCGACAUCAGAGUUCGCCAGGCAGUGAGAGAAUGGCUUGGCAGAGUUGGCCGUGUCUAUGACAUCAUUGUGUAGAAGACUCAUGUUGAUGGAAUUCAGUAGUGACAGGAGAAUAUGCCUGCCAGGCGAAUUGAGAGUAUUUUCCCCACCACCAGCCCACUGAAACUAGCGUCUCAGAGAACAAUCAGCUGCUCCCCGGCUCAUCAGCACUGGGGCCAUUCUGGAUACUGUUUGAAUCUAGAUAAUACAAAUGAUAACUCCAAUUUUGUACAUUAUCUCAGAAGAGUCUCCAUUCCUUGAUACAUUUCUAAAUCUUCAAGUUUAUUUCCCAGUGCUUUUUGCCUGCAGUGUUACUCCCAAAUGGGCCACUUGCAAGGGCCACUCCUUUGAAAACACUACAUCGAUCCUUUUGAUUUUUUUUUAAUGCAAUUGCUAAGGAAAUAUUUGCUGGUAAGUCAGGCUGAUGUAUAAGCACUCAGACAUCUAGUACUAGACAUUAUCCAUUGGAGGAAGAUUUAUAUUAUGAUUAUGGGUUUGGCAGGAAAGAAAACAGGUGGAAAAAUAUAUUCUUGGGUAUCAUAAUCAAGAAAGGGAUGACUUCCUCUGUAAAACAUUCCAGAACAUUUCAAAAUUGCCCUAACUUGUCAAGAUUUUCCAGCUGGUAUUCACCAGCUUUUUUCUUAAGGUACUGUUGUGCCUUUAUUUCCCUAUUUCUAAAGGAAGAAAAUUCUUUCCUGGCUGAGUUUUAAGUCUGUGUCAUGGCAGCCUCUAACAUACAGUGCCCAGAUGGCUGAUAAACAGAUAUUGCCACAAGACAUGACUGACCAGCCACCUCAUUAGUCUCUGCUUUUGCUCUCAAGGCAAAAAAAGGAAAGGGAAAGAAAAAAAUGGUGCCUUAGUCUCUUGUUGCACAGACAUUUCUAUGCUCCACAUGAAUAUAAGGUGUAACAUUUGGUUUUUUAAAAAAGCAAAGCAUUAAAGUGCUACUCAUUUUAUAUCAUCACCCUUAAGAGAAAAGGAACUCAGAGUUCUCCAUCCAUUGAGCAGAUUUCUCAGGGAAAGGGCAGGACGUGGGGUAGGAAGAUAGCUAGAAGGGGAAGGAAAGGAGAUCAGGAUGAAAUCACUUUAAAUUUUAACAAUCAUAUGAAAUCAUGGUGUUAUUUAUACAAGCAUUAGAGUCAGAAGAAACUAAAAGAGAAGAGAAUACAGAAUGAGAUUUAGAAAAUUUUUUCAAUUUAAAAUAUAUCUCCUCUCUGGUAAGUAAAUUUGCCAUAUGUCUGAGGUCCUUUCAUUCAAACCAAUAUUGUGAAUAUUUCUCAUUAAAUAUUACUCAUUAAAUAUUAUUUAUUAUUUCUCACUAAAUAUUACUAGUAAAUAUUUCUCAUUAAAUAUUACUAGAAAAUUAAUUUGAACCUUUACCUUAUUUAUAAUAUAUUUGAUACCUCUUAAAUUAUAAGGAAAUUCCUCAGUCAAGCCCAUGCAAAUAUACUCUAGAAAGUAGUUAGUUGCUAAGACGUACAUUAUAAUUUUCCCAACUCCAAAAAAUGUAUUCAUAAUUGAAAAACAUAACUGAAAAAAAAAACUUCAGUAUUGAAGUAAGGAUUUAAAACUCACAGCGCUGGUAUUUGUAAACUUUGUCUUCUUUGAGGAAUAUGUAACUACAAAGUGAAGAGGAAGACAGGGUCCCUGGAUUUAUUCACCUAAAAGAAAGAACCUUCGCAUUCAGUGCACCAUAUAGAGAUCACCACGGAAUCCAGAUGACAUUUUUCCAAUUCCACAAAACACUCUUUGCCUUCAGCUUUGACUCAUUAGACAGUAAGUCAACGUUGAAGACAGAUCAAGUGUUUGACCGUAACCGUGAAUCAUUGGGAUAGUAAUGAGCUGUAUUCUAUACUUUGGAAUUUUUAUAUUUUGUAAGUAGAACUGUAAGUUGGGUAGAUACUUUUAUUCCUUUUUAAGAAAAGCAGUAUACCCUUAUUCUGGUUUGGGUUUUCUGGGUUUUUUUGGUAGGUCAUCUGAAGUUUGGUUCUCUUUCGUGAGUGUGAGUACUACAGAAUUACAGGGGGGAAGAUGCUUCAGUAAAGCAGACUUUAAAUAAGAAUAAUUACAAAAUGUUUACAUGUAGCAAGUUAUACAAAGUAAAAAAAUUUCAAAGAAAGCCAGUCUCCAUUUAUGGAUGUCAUGUCCCAGAGUGUGUUAAUUGUUUAGAACUCAGAAUUCAUUCUCCCACAGAGUCUAUAUUAUGGGAUCCAAGGCUAGUUUAUGAAAAUAAAUUUACCCCAUACUGUGUGCAAACUAACUCCACUACUAACCCAGUUAUGGGUCCCAGGAAUAAAAAGAGGAGGGAAUGUACAUAGCUCUGAACCUACAAUUUUACAAGAGGGUAUUUGGCCCCUUCCACCAUCUUUUUUACAGCCCACUGCCAGUCCCAGUGUGCCCUGUGCCACAUCCAAGUCAGAUUUCAACCGGAAAAUUAUCUAAGUCAUAGAAGUCCUUUCCAGAAGUGUUUACAGUUGUCAAAAAGAACAUUGCUUGAUGCAGAUAAUCUCUAAUAAAUAGAACUUCCGGUCACAGUGAAAUCAGCUGCAUUUUUCCAGGAUGGAGAAGAAAGGGAGAUACUUAGGAACCCUUGGUAGAUUAGUGGUCCUUUCCCAGACUGCCCCAGUGAGUUCCUCACACUCUUCCUGGUGUCUUGGUUUCUGCCUUUCCCCAUCUCUUCCUUCACUUCCUCCGAAGGUCUCUCGAAGACCACAGUCAAGGCAGCCUUUGUAGUUAAAAUUAUUACUUUAUAUUCACAAACCUAAACAGAGUAAGAUUUUGCACAUUGCUUUUAGAUGCCCAUAUAUGCUGCCAAAAUUGUUACCCUGAGAUUAAGAUUUAGUCUUUUUCUAUGAUUUUGAUAAAGUGUGUAUCAUAAAAGCACCUGGACAACUCAAAGUGCAUAGGAAUUCCUGACUGAAAGGCUCUGCCAAGUAUAACACACUCUUCUCCAGAUUCCUCUGUGCCAUGAGGCUGUAGGCUUGAUGGAGGGUGCACAGGUUGUACAUAGGCUCUCUCCUAGCUCUAGCAUCUCCCAAUCAGCCUUAGACAAUAAGUCAAGGUUGAAGACAGAUCAAGUGUUUGACCGUAACCGUGAAUCAUUGGGAUAGUAAUGAGCUGUAUUCUAUACUUUGGAAUGCUUAAGCUACCUGGUUACACCAUCUUGUUUUUUUCUCCCAUUAUUAUUAUUUUCUAGCUUUCUCCAUCAGCACAAAACUAGGGCACCUUUUACCACUUUUAGGCUGUUUAAUUACUGACUGAGGCAGAUGCUAACCUACAUAACCACUCAGGUUAAAAUACUUUCAAUCAAAAUGAUGAAAUAUUAACAAUUUGAAAGUAACUGUAAAUGGAAACUUCUUGCUACAAUAUCACUAGGCUUUUUGUUCUUGUUGUUUUAAGAAGGCUUAUAGAGAGUCAGCUGAGAGAGUCAAAUAGCCUUAACUGUAUCAAGAUAAUGCAAUUAUAUAAUAGGUAUCCUUGACUUCCCCCAAUAUGUCACACAACUGCUUAUAUAGGAAGGUUUUCUUUCUCAGAAAGGAAAAUCCAUUCAUCAAUCCCAUCAAAUUAAGCAGAAUGAAGACCUUUGUUUGGAGCUGAUAACAAUAGCAAGAAGUUACAAACAGCAAGGAGGAGGUGACAUUUGUUGAGUGUUACUGUGAAUGUAGACCUUUAUCUAUGUUACCAUAGUUCUCAACAUAACCUGGUGAAACAGGUAUUGUUUUCCUCAUUUUUUUCACCUGAGGAUAUAGACACAGACCCAGAGAAGAAAUUUACCCAAGAUAACCAGUAAAUGGCAAAGUUGGUUGUAAAAGAGGUAGUCCUGAAUUCAGAGGCCAUGCUCCCCAGCACCAUGCUCUCAGUGCAUAGAGUAAACCCUUUAGUGUUUCAAGAAAUUAAACAGUU